CCCUCCGCUCCUUUUGCCUCCUGGUAUCGGAUCUCUGAUUCUACUGCAGCCUGAAUCUUGCAAACAGCUCGACUGUCGGUGUGGGGGCUGCCGUCUGCUUAGCUGCGGGGAGCACUGGCAGCCCAGGGUCGUGCCCUGGGCAAAGGCAAGAAGAGAAACUUGCGGUAUCGACGGUCAGAGCCCACUGCCAUCCAGUCCCCCGAGACCUCGGACACCCAGUGGGGGCUGCCUCUUCCCAGCCGUGGCAAUAACAAGGUCGGGGAGAAAAAAGUUCCUCCUACUGUUGUUGCCGCCGGUUUGGAGAAGGCGUAGUGGCUUUGCUCCCUCGGAAGUCGGAAUUGUUUUGAAUACAUCUAGUGGAGGAAUCCAGCGCGCAGGGCAGUCACAAUCCGCAAGCCUCGGAGGGGACUCUACCUAACAGCUAGGAGGACCCCCUGAGCCCAUCGAGAUUUGAUCAGGAGCCCAAGACUUUGCAACGCACUUUGCAGCCCGAGCUGCAACUGAAUUGAUUCUUUCCAGUUUUUCCUUGGCUUUGAACUGAAAUCUGCUUGGCCCAGCAGCCUAAGAAGAGCUCCGGAGUGAUACUGGGAGCAUUGCGCUGCCCCCUCCCCAUCUCCUCCCAUUUCUCCUCCUCCCCCAGUCUUCCUCAUCUCUCCCCCGUACAUGAAAUCAGAUCCAAAUAAAAAGGCGACUUAAUCCCUCUGUGAUUGUGGUCUGCAGCACUCCUCUCCUUGCCCCAUUCUUCCCACCCCUCCUCCCUCAGUCAGUCCUGCAGCCCAAAAGAAGCUCUGGAAGAAUAAAUUCGGGGGGAGGGCGAAGGGGGAGGUGUCCGCGUUAUGGCGAGGUUAAGGAAAGCCGAGCUGGCCACCGCUGGAGUUGUGUUACUUUGCCACUUUUUAAUGGACCGGUUUCGGUAUGCGGAAGGGGAGACCGUAAAUCAAACCAAUGAUGUGCUUUAUGAAGUUGUCCAUGGCUUUUCUCAUGGAGAAGAGGAGGCGGUCAUAGACUCACAUGUAUACAGCCACAGGUGGAAAAGAAACUCAGAGCCUCUCAAGUCAAUUGACACCAACCGAGCAAGUAUGGGUCAAGAUUCAUCGGAACCGAGAGGCUUCACGGAUCUGCUCCUCGAUGAUGGACGUGACAACAACACACAGAUUGAGGAGGAUACAGAUCAUAAUUACUAUAUUUCCAGGAUAUAUGGGCCAUUUGACUCUGCCAGCCGGGAUUUAUGGGUGAACAUGGACCAAAAGGAAAAAGAUAAAGUGAAGAUUCAUGGGAUUUUGUCCAAUACUCAUCGACAAGCUGCAAGAGUGAAUCUGUCCUUCGAUUUUCCAUUUUAUGGCCAUUUUCUACGUGAAAUCACUGUGGCAACUGGGGGUUUCAUAUAUACAGGAGAAAUUGUACACCGAAUGCUAACAGCCACACAGUACAUAGCCCCUUUAAUGGCAAAUUUUGACCCUAGUGUGUCCAGAAAUUCAACCAUCAGAUAUUUUGAUAAUGGUACAGCACUUGUCGUCCAGUGGGACCACGUACAUCUCCAGGAUAAUUACAACCUAGGCAGUUUUACUUUCCAAGCUACCCUCCUCAAUGACGGGCGGAUCAUUUUUGGAUACAAAGAAAUUCCUGUGUUGGUGACCCAGAUAAGUACAACCAACCAUCCAGUGAAAGUGGGAUUGUCUGAUGCAUUUGUAGUUGUCCACAGGAUCCAACAGAUUCCCAAUGUUCGAAGGAGAACCAUUUAUGAAUACCACCGAGUAGAACUCCAGAUGGGGAAGAUUACUAAUGUUUCAGCUGUGGAGAUGACCCCACUACCUACUUGCCUUCAGUAAUGUGGACCUUGUGUCUCUUCUCAGAUUGGGUUCAACUGCAGCUGGUGCAGCAAACUCCAAAGAUGCUCCAGUGGAUUUGAUCGACACCGGCAAGACUGGGUAGACAGUGGUUGCCCUGAAGAGUCCAAAGAGAAGAUGUGUGACAACACAGAGCCAGGUGAAACAUCUUCCCAGACAACCACAACCCAACAAUCAACAACUACACAAUUCAGGGUUUUAACUACCACCAGAAGAAUAACUUCACCACAACUACCAACCAGUCUCCCCACAGAAGAUGAUACCAAGAUAGCUCUACAUUUAAGAGAUAAUGGAGCCUCUACUGAUGACAGUGCUGCAGAGAAAAAAGAUGGAGCUCUCCAUGCUGGUCUAAUCAUCGGAAUCCUGAUCCUCGUCCUCAUCAUAGCAACAGCCAUCCUGGUGACAGUCUACAUGUACAACCAUCCAACAUCAGCAGCCAGCAUAUUCUUCAUUGAGCGGCGUCCCAGCAGAUGGCCAGCAAUGAAGUUUCGAAGAGGCUCUGGACACCCUGCAUACGCUGAAGUUGAACCUGUUGGAGAAAAAGAAGGUUUUAUUGUAUCAGAGCAGUGUUAAAAUUUCUAGGACAGAACACCAGUACUGGCUUACAGGUGUAAGACUUUAACUUUGCCUAUAUCUUUAAAAAAAAAUUAAAAACAAAGAAAAAAAUAAAGGCGCCCUAAGCUGCUGUAGCCUGAACAGGGGACAAUUUCCGGAUCAGCCUUGCCCAAGAGAGCUGGGGAAGGGAAUUUGCAAAAAAAACACCAUAUUACGCUGUGGAGUAGUUUUCUUUAAUGAAAUGACGUACAGUUCACUUAGAACAUCUCCAGUGGACUGGUCAGAAUUCUGACACGACUGCCAUGCUGUUGGCUUAGGUGUUGGGUUGCAUAAGAAUCAAGGGAAGAAAUAAAGCUUUAGUCCACAAGGGUUCUAUCCCCUUUGGUUCAU